GACCAUCGAAAUUUUAUAUCAUCAUGUUAUUCUCAAUCUUGAUCUUGAUGGGAACAUUGAUUGUCUUUUGAUUGAUGCUUGAUUUGCCGGCGCUGCCAUAGACUGAGAGCUCACCGAUCGCAGUGACUGUCAGUGAUAAUUGAUAAAUCGGUUGUCAGUCUAGCCGAAUACCUACUGCGGCAUCUUCUACGAGUGGAACGACCUAUGCCACUGUAAAUUAUCAACCCAAGAAGAUCACUCUCGUUUCUUCUCAGCUUCCCUUUGAAAUACUUAUUUUUCACACUAAAGUUGAGAGUAUCCGCUCCAGAAUCAAGAAAAAAGGUCAAACACUUGUCGAUAGAUUUCCUGGCCUACUAGAAGGGUUUCAUUCCCCACACUGUCUGUUUUCAUUUUGCACAACCUCAUAAAGCGGAGCUUCACGGGAUCAAUCAAUGGACGAGAUAUCGAGCCUAGGUAGUUCAAAUGUCUUUAACGUUCCACUUUCUCAUCCAUUGACUCGGGCUCCGGAUAUCAAUCGUCGCCUGGGGCGUGUUAGUUGUGGAUAUUACUAUGGAGACUCGCAAUCUCCUUUAUAUAUGGGAACAGACUCAACCUGCACAACUGCAUAUACUCUUGGAAUUUGGGGCUCCUGUAUCUACAGUAGCAACGUUCCAGUUUGUUCGCUUUACGGUGCUUGUGUAGACGACACUGGAUGUACUGAUGGCUGUACCCCCAAUGUCAACCCUAAUAUCAAUGCUAUCACAGUAACGUUAUCUUGUUAUGCGGACUACUGCCAGAGCUACUUGCUGUCUGAUCAAUCAAGCCCCAGUCUUGGCACGCAGACUUCAUAUACCUGCAACACUACCUCCCAAACAGCACCAGUACUUAUUUUCGCAUCAGCACUAGACUCUCCAAUGAGCGUGUUAGCUAGUACGACCUCAUUCUCUGAUAUAUUGGUUACUUCAUCAUUAAAAUCAGGAUUCAUUGCAACUUCUACAUCUUCUAAUCUACCAUCAACUUCAAAUUCUUCUCCUCCAUUCGCUAUCUCCGCAUCAGGCUUCAGCUCUAGCCCCAGUUCAACGUCAACUAUACCCCAAGAAACAAUAAUCGUAUCUUCAAAUCAAGCUGGUUCUUCUCGCGUCAAUACCGGUGCAACAAUAGGCGGUACUAUCGGAGGCGUUGUCUUUAUUACCCUAAUAGCCCUUGCAAUUUGGCUAGUAGGUAGACAUAGAAAAAAUCACGAUAUACUAUCAAAGACUGAACCGCGUUUUGAUGUUAGAGAUCCAAGUGAUCAUGUCCACGAGUUAAUGGAGAAGAGCGCUAAUACACCUGAGAUCGGGGGACAAAUGCUAAGAGCAGAGAUGGAAAGUCCAAGAAUGGACAAUGGACCGGUUGAGGUGGAGAGUCCUAGGCUCAAUAGAGAAAGGUUUGAGAUCGAGGCGUAAGAACUCUGCUUGAAAUAUGAGAGGAAGAGAAGAAGGAAUUGUGCUAUUACCCAUGUAGAUAGAGGCCAUCCUCGUAUUUUGUGCAAUUUUUGCCUCGAGGUUUGCACUCAUCAUACCAUCACUAGCACAUCAUAAAUUGAGAUUCGCAGAUCGAAAGUUGAAUAUUUCAAUUCCACUCUA